GACUCUUCUCUCUGCAAUUACAAAUUGUGACAAUUUUAUAAGUUUCCACUUUUGACGACAAAUUUCAAAAACAGUGGUUAACGGUUAGGGAGCCUGUUUCCGUAUGAUUCCGAAUUUAGGAAACGGUCAUACUCAACAGCUGGCGAAAACAAAUGUUUGUUUAUGCUGCAGUAAAGCAAAAUAAGGAUUGCACCCACUGUAAAAUGACAGAAAAAAGGCGAUUCGUCUGCGUUAACUGUGGGCACGGUGUCAAAGAACUUGUCAAGAAAUACAGCAAUACCCUGAAGACCACCCAAUGCGACAAGUGCCAGCAAACCACUGAUAAAUACAUCGAGUUUGAGGAGUUCAUCAUAUUAAUAGAUGCACUCCUGUUGGACUCCUGCGCCUUCCGCCACAUAAUAUACAAUGGAGACUUUAAGCUGUAUUGGAAGGUUUCGCUGGUGGUGCUGCUCCUGGAAUCCUUUGCGCUCUGUCGCCAGAAGCUCCCCGAUCCUCCUAAUGCAUCGUUACACGUCCAUGAAAGGGGCUUCUACACGUACACCCUUCAAAAUAUGGGAGAUUACCUGUUCAUGACGUUGUUGCUGCUGAUAAUUACAGCGACUCUCAGUAUGGAAUGGAUAAAGCAAACGGGCCUUCGAAGGUUCCCUUUAACUGUCUUCAAGGUGGUGCUGAUUUCCAACCUAUCCAAGUUCUUCCUGCUGCCCAUUUUGGUCUGGCGUAACAACACAACCGAUUACGGCCGGAGAUUGCACCACGUCCUGGUCAUGGGCCAUCACGUCUGCUCCCUGGUUCUCGCCUACGAGGCGGUCGGAGCCACUAGGAAGAACCCUCGAUGGUGGGCCCUAACAUUAGUUGUUCUGGCUUUCGCCUUCAAGGUGUGGUGGAAGAGCAUUUUGCUUAGUUGAGAUUUGAUCAAGCAAUAUACAAGGCAGAAAACCAACUUCCUAUAAACGAUGGUAUUGCCAAAUAAAUAAUGAAAUAUAUUAACAUGUAA